CUUUGAUUGAUUAGGUCGAGAUCUUGAGUCUGUCUGUGCGAUUUGUUUUCUCUCGGAAAAAUAUCUUUCUCCGUCCGACUCCGAUCAUGGAUAGCUCAAAACCUUUUGAUUCACUUCCAGAUGAUCUCCUCAUCAAGAUACUGUCGAAAUUGCCAGCAAAAUCAAUAGGGAGGUGUCGUUGCGUGUCGAAGCUAUGGAAGUCCUUGGCUCUAAUGAGAUCUGGAUUCCACCGAGAUGAUUUCACCGACUUGUAUCUAACCAGGAGGUCCAAAGCUACUUGUCGACGACUCUUAAUUGGGGUAAAAAAACCACAAGACGGUGAGUGGAGCUUUUACUCAACUCUUCAGCCUCAGAAUCAUCCAUGUAAGAAGUCUUCUCUUGUAGUAUCAUCCGCCGCAGAUUUUCAUAUCAAGUUCUCUAAAGGCAUAAGCAAAUACAAUUGUAGCUAUACCUCUGGAUUGAUCUAUUUCCAUGAUAUGCGCAUCCCAAGGGAAGAUAAAGAUGUAAAGCAUGUGAUAUGUAACCCUCUCACAGGACAGUAUAUGAUCUUACCUGAACUUAGAGGUGGUGUUUCCCAUAGGUAUUCGUAUAGCUAUUUAGGGUUUGAUCCGAUUGAUAAGGAAUUCAAGGUAUUGUUCAUGACUACUCGUGAAUUUGUAGCUUCUAGUGGUACAGAUCACUAUAUCUUAACACUGGGAACUGGGGAGUUGAGGUGGAGGAAGAUCCAAUGUCCUUUUACACAUGAGCCUCUAUGGGAAAGGGUUUGCAUCAAUGGGGUUUUGUAUUACUUAGCUCUAGAUACUAAUGGAUGGUCUUAUGUGAUAGUUUCCUUCGAUGUUAGAUCGGAGAAAUUCAAGCUCGUUAACCUGAAUUGCAGUUAUGAUCGCCGUUUUAAUGGAAUGAUAAACUACAAGGGGAAAUUAUGUGGGAUUUAUUUGGAUUAUGAUGAUGAUGGUGGAUUUCCCGUUAAGUUGAGUAUCAAGUUUCUAGAGAAGCGGGAAUGGUCCAGCUAUGUCUACUCUUUGUCGACUGAUCAGAGUGAAAUUGUUAAUGUCAAAAGGAAUCUAUCCGUUGUUGGGGUGACUGCUUCUGGUGAUAUUGUUUUGUCGACGGAUUCUGCGUCUAAUCCAUUUUAUGUUUUCUACUUCAAUCCGGAAAGGAACACUCUCCAAACUGUUGAAAUGCAAGGUGUUGGAGAUGAUUGUGAUUGGAGAUACGCCUUUCUACAAGACUAUGUAGAGGAUAUUAAUGUUACUGGUGCAAUGCAACUGAAGUCAGCCCCUUCACAACUAGGCCGAAACAUUGUUCCCCAGAGGCCAAAACCACAACAACGCGGAGGUACGUCUCUUGACCUCUCCAAGUCUUCUCAAUCUGUGAAAAACGAGGAGCAGAAUAUUGUUCCCGAGAGGCCAGAACCACAACGACGUAGGCAUAUGUCUCCUGACCUUUCCAAGUCUUUUCAAUCUGUGAAGAGCAAGGAGCCUAACAAGUACGAAUUAUCAGCUGACCUGCUCAUACGCUCUGCUGGCUUCGCUAUUUUAUUUUUUGUUUUGGUUUGUUUGUUUUUCGUUUUGUUUAGGUCUAUCAUUCUGCUGGCUUCUAGCUAAAUUUGUAACAUAUGGACACAUAAAGAUCAAAAACGCCUAAUCAAUUGUCUGAUUAUUCA